CUCGGUUUGGAGAAUUGCGCAAGUGAUCCCGCGUGCAAACAGAUCGGAAGGCGUCGACGCUUUGAAAAACGCAGCAGAAAAGGUCAACUGGUCACUUCACACGUGAUGGCAUCGGCUGAGGGGCAGCAACAGACGAUCGACGUUGCGGACCUCGAUGUUCCGCAACUGCAAGACGUCAGGCAGCAACUGGAACAAGAGCUCAAACAUCUCACUUCUUCCUUCGGUCAACUGAAAGGCGCGCAAGCAAAGUUUAAAAGCUGCAUUGAAUCGCUUCAAAGCAUCACUCCCGCGUCCACAGAUAAAACAUCAUUGAUACCUUUGACGCCAUCAUUAUACGUAUCAGGAAAGCUUUCGGACGCAGAUAAAGUGAUCGUGGAUGUCGGCACCGGUUACUACGUCGAAAAGCCGAUUGCAGCUGCCCGGAAGAUGUACGAAGAGAAGAUAUCUUUCGUCACAAAGAACCUCGAACAAUUGCAAGAGACAAUUCAGAAAAAGCAGGACAACAUGCGUGUGGUGUCUGAUGUGAUGAAAGUAAAAAUGAUGCAAUCACAACGAGCUGGGGCAUCAGUAGGCGAAAGCACGGUGCAAGCGUAGAAUUCAUCAACAAGGCUGUCCAGUUUGGACACAGAAUCAUACACUGUAGCAUAUACGCCAGGCGCAACCCAUUCUUGCAUCUCAGGUCUACCUUUUGGAGCACAAGGCAUGCCCUUGAGCGUUUGCGUCCGACACAGAGCUCGGCACUAUCAUCAACAGAGGAAAACAUCCAUCUCCUUCCUCAACCCUUCAAACUCCAGUGCAAGGGACAAAGGGUACCACACACACCAGUCUCCGCAAGCCCAAUCAAACCCUGGCAAGCGUAGCCAAAUGCCCCGAAGGCACGUAUAGUCGAAUCGAAGACCGAUAGCUAUGCAUAGAAUAUACCCGAGCCACGUAAUCACCCUCGGAGUUGAGUCAUGAC